AUGGACAGCAAGAUCUUAUUUAAGCUGGCUGCAUUCAUCCGGAACCUCAAGAUUACCACGGACCAGCUUAAGCCAAAGAUUGAGCCAUACCGGCUUCAAGCCCACCAAGUCGAACUCGAGCGUGUCAUGAAGUCUGAACGCCUCGAGUCCGAGCCACACAUCAGUGCUAGUAGGCACAUGGUCUACAAGGAGCGUGAUGCAGCUCGAUCAGCAGCAGACAUUGUUUCCCUCGCACCUGGUCUAUCGGCCAUCAUUGACGCCCUGAAGACGUCGCGCCAAAUAUUCCACCGCAUGUACGCAUACGUCGUUUACCGCAUUACCCUGCCAUUCAACGAGUCACAAGAAGAAACGAACCGUUGA